CUCUACAUGUUUUGUUCGAUAGGUACCAACUAAUAAGAUUGAACACCAAAGGAAUGAGCGAAGGAUGCAAGUGGGUAGAAAUGUUCGAAGAUGUCCGAGUGGUUAUCUUCUGCGUAUCUCUAAACGAUUACGAUCAAAUGUCACCUUCCCCUGAACCCUCCGGCAGUGGAUCCCUACUCCACAACAAGAUGAUUCAAAGUCGAGACUUAUUCGAGUCAAUGAUCACUCACCCGUGUUUCAAGAACACGCCUUUUGUCCUCGUACUAAACAAAUACGAUGUAUUCGAAGAAAAGGUUAGUCGGGUCCCACUAAGCUCUUGCGAGUGGUUCAAGGACUUCAGCCCGGUUACUACCCACCACAGCAACCAAUCGUUAGCUCACCAAGCUUACUAUUACAUCGCAAUGAAGUUUAAAGACCUUUACGCGUCGACGAUGGGUCGAAAGCUUUUCGUCUGGCAAGCUAGAGCUAGGGAAAGAGUGACUGUUGAUGAAGGGUUUAAGUAUGUAAGAGAGGUUCUUAAAUGGGAUGAAGAGAAGGAAGAUAACUAUGUAGUGCAAGAUGAUUCUUUCUAUAGUACAACUGAUGUGAGCUCUUCUCCAUUUGUUGUUAGGCAAGAGUAAAUGAGAAAAAAAAAAAUAGAAGAUUUAGAGUGGAUUAUUUGAUAUGUAGAUAAAGAAUGGGAGAGGAGAAGAUGGUGUUUGUGUUUGAAUAAGUAUUAGUUAUUCAAUUUUUUUUAUUUUAUUUUGUUGAGA